AUGUCACAACAGCAGAAAGGAUUAUUAGAUAAAUCACGCUACAAUGAUAUUGAAUGUGAUCGCAACAAAAUUCCACAUCCAGAAACGGUGGAGAGAGAGACUUGGGGAAAAAAGAUUGAAUUUUUAUUAGCCAUCAUUGGAUUUGCUAUAGAUUUAGGAAAUGUGUGGCGUUUUCCAUUUAUUUGUUUCAAAAACGGCGGAGGGGCCUUUUUGAUACCCUAUUUUAUCAUGUUAAUAUUUAUUGGUAUACCCUUGUUUUAUAUGGAACUGGCUUUAGGGCAAUAUCAUAGAAGUGGUCCAAUAUCAAUAUGGUUACAUAUCUGUCCAAUAUUUUGUGGAAUUGGUUACGGUAUUUGUUUUAUAGCCACAUUUAUCGGUUCAUAUUAUAACACGGUUAUAGCUUGGGCGGUGUAUUAUCUUAUAGCAUCGUUUACUGCCGAGGUUCCCUGGAAGUCUUGUAAUAAUUCCUGGAACACACCAAACUGUGUCUCAUUACAAACUGCUGAAAACAUCACCAAUACCUCUUCAUCUCCUGCAGAGGAAUAUUUCUUGCGGGAAGUUUUGGCAAUGCAUAAAUCAACUGGCAUCAAUGAGCUCGGGAACAUAAAAUGGGAUUUAUGUUUGUGUUUAUUAGCUGUUUUUAUCAUUAUUUAUUUUUGUUUAUGGAAAGGAAUUAAAAGUUCGGGUAAGGCUGUAUGGGUAACAGCAAUAGCACCAUUUGUGAUAUUAUUUGCCUUAUUAAUACGUGGUGUGACGCUACCAGGAGCUGAGAUUGGUUUACUGUACUAUAUCAGACCAGAUUUCACCAGACUUCUUACUGUUCAGGUUUGGUUGGAUGCUGCAGCACAGGUUUUUUUCUCGCUGGGUCCAGGGUUUGGUACUUUGAUAGCUUUAUCCAGUUAUAAUAAAUUUGAUAAUAAUUGUUAUUUUGAUGCUAUAAUAACAUCUAUUAUCAACUGUUUUACCAGUCUCCUAGCCGGGGUGGCUGUUUUCUCGGUUAUUGGUUAUAUGGCUUUAAAGCAAGGCAAAGCGAUAGAAGACGUCGCUUUAAAGGGCCCAGGGUUAGUGUUUAUUGUAUAUCCAGAAGCUUUGGCAACUAUACCAUGGUCUUCGUUCUGGUCUAUAUUAUUCUUCUUGAUGUUGCUGACUUUGGGAUUGGACAGUUCGUUUGGAGGUCUAGAAUCUGUAAUAACAGCUCUAUCAGAUGCUUACCCAAAACUGAAUAAACGACGUGAGCUAUUGGUACUCGCCGUUAUUGUUUAUUGCUUCGUUCUUGGACUACCAACUACAACAUACGGAGGUCAAUAUUACAUGCAGAUUAUGGAUACACACGGUGCUGCCAUCUCCUUACUCUUUAUUUGUUUCUGUGAGAUUGUUGCUCUCAAUUGGUUUUAUGGUGUAAGAAGAUUUUCUGAUGAUGUUCAGGCUAUGUUAGGGCACAGACCUGGUAUAUUCUGGAAGAUAUCUUGGUGUUUCAUCAGUCCUAUAAGUUUACUGUUAAUAUUUAUACUAUCAAUAGUGGGAUAUGCUGGUAUAAGUUUAGAUGACUAUACGUUCCCAAUAUGGUGUCAAUAUGUUGGCUGGGCUAUAACAUUCGCCUCUAUUGUCUGUGUACCUAUUUAUAUGGUGUACAGAGUCUGUAUUACUCCUGGUUCCAUCAAAACGGUACGCAUUAAUUUUUUUCUGGAUAACGAACCGAACAUACUUCCCUAUAUAUACUCAACACUUCAAAUGGAAAGCCGACAACAGCAUAGCAACAUAUCAAUUAAACAGGGAUGCGAUGGGUGGUGA